AUGCCGCGCAUGCGCCUGACGCCCACGGUUCUGCUGGGAAUUGUAGUCUUCUCCUCGCUUUCCGCCAAUCACGUAACUAGCAUCAUUUCACAGCUGACACAUGAGCCACCUUCCGCUUGGCCCGGAAGCGGAAGCCAGGUAGACCGGCGGUUCAGGAGCAAGAUGGCCGCCUAUCGGUUACUGGGGUCGUUUAGAGUGGGGCCGUGGGGAGGGAAUGGGUUCUUUACGUGUCGCCGGAAUUUUGCGGCUUCUCUUUCUGUCAGAGCUCGUUCCGGUAAAGCCGAGGAAAAGCAAGCUCAUUUUGGCUUCGAGAACGUGUCUGAGUCGGAAAAAGCGGAGAAAGUUUACAAAGUAUUUGAAAAUGUUGCCAAAAAUUAUGAUAUAAUGAACGACGCCAUGAGCCUCGGCAUUCACAGGUUAUGGAAGGAUGCACUGAUUCGUAUGAUGAACCCACUGCCAGGAGCAAAGCUGCUUGAUGUGGCCGGAGGGACAGGGGAUAUAGCCUUUAGAUUUAUGGAUUAUGUGAGAAUGCAGCAUGAAAGACAGAGUCGACAAGCAGUGAAAUCUAACCAGAGCCCAUCAUGGCAACAAAUCAGUGAAUUUUAUCAACAGCAGAAUAAAUCCAAUUCUGAUUUGGGAUCAAAGGCAGUCAUCUGUGACAUCAACAAGGAAAUGUUAAAACUUGGGAGGCAAAAGGCAGAACAGUUGAACUAUACUGAAGGUCUGUCCUGGGUGGUAGGAAAUGCAGAAGAGCUGCCAUUUGACGACGACAAGUUUGAUGUUUAUACGAUUGCUUUUGGAAUUAGAAAUGUCACUCACAUUGAUCAUGUGCUACAAGAGGCCUAUCGUGUCUUGAAGCCAGGUGGAAGAUUCUUGUGUUUGGAAUUCAGCAAAGUACAGAAUCCAAUAAUUUCCAGGCUGUAUAAUUUGUACAGUUUUCAAGUGAUACCUGUUCUGGGUGAGGUUAUUGCUGCUGAUUGGAAAUCCUACCAAUACCUGGUGGAGAGUAUCCAACGUUUUCCUGAUCAGGAGGAGUUCAAAGGAAUGAUUGAAGAUGCAGGGUUUUACAGGGUGGAAUACAGCAACAUGACAUCAGGGAUUGUGGCUGUUCACUCCGGAUUUAAGCUCUAAAUUUGAAGCAACGGAAAUGAAAUAGACUGCUGCCGCUGUGAGGCCCUGCUUUCAUUGACUCAAAUGCAGAUUAAAGAUUGUUUGAUAGUUAUCACAUUGCACUGCUAAGAUGCUGUAGUACUGGCAGGUAUGUCCAAGUCAGUUAGACACUUCCAGCUGCGCAAUUAUCAGUAAGAGUUGAGGGGAUUGUGCUGUGUUAUACUCUACUUGUUUCAAUGCAUAAACACAAGGUUGCAUGUCUGCUCCAGUUAUAUAUGCGUUUUCCUCUGUGAGGAUGUGUCUCCAGUGUCUUCAAAGUUAUACUAAUAAUCAGUGCAUCAAGUCCUUAGGCGUGAAGAAAAUAUGUUUGCCACCGAUUGUCAAACUUUGCCAGCAGAAUAGUUAUCAAACUAGGCUGCCACAUUUAUCUAAUUUUAUUUAAGAAAUCAAGGAUUUAACGUUUCAUAUUUUCCCUGAAAUGUACUGGAUAGAAUCUGUUGUAUUUCUCACCAGUGCAGCAUUUCUGAUUUUUGUGUGUGAUGGGCAUUUGUCUAUAUAUGAUUUGCAGGAUUGACUAAAACUAUUUAAAUAUCUCAACAGUUGUAUAAAACACUUUUUUUUUCUAGUUUGACUUUUGGAUUGUUCUUUUUAAAAGGUCUACUUGGAUUUCUAGGAGUGGCAAGUAAUUUGGUGACAGUGGGUUAUUGCUCUACCCCCAGAGUGAGCUCUGAUGCUCCUGUAUUUCAGGGUGAGUAAUGUCCCAAAAGUAGAAAUGAUUGACCUGCUUUUAGGCCAAUGCUGACCAGACAUUUUCCCACUGCGAUUCAAUUCUAAAGCCUGAUAAUUUUUGCAGUCCUUUGGUGAGAACAGAGAGCGUAAUGGCAUCAGGGUUGGCCAUUGCUGCCUCUAAGCUUGCAAAGCAACAUUUUGGCUUGCAGCCCCAUUUAGGGUCGUAUCCCUAUUUUGGGACGCCCUGGUAUAAACAUUUGAAUAAACUGUAAUGCACAAUGUCCAAGAGAAUUUUGGUAACGUGGAUUAGAAAGCACCAAACAGAAGUUCAGCAUUGGGUGGUGUACUUUUUUCGUUGCUGUUGAUGGACCUUCAUGGACGUUCAUGGAUGUCAUCUUUUGUGCUGAGAAAUUGUGAGAACACAUCUAUGAUGCGGCUUGUCCUCUGUAAAGAUCGCCUUCAUCCAGAACUGGCAGGAGUGGCUACAGCCUUAACUAACAUGGUCACAUAUGUCUGUCCAGUAGUUUGGGUGAGAUUAUGUCAAGCAGCCUAUUUUGUCCUUGCCCAACAUUAUUUAAUUUAACUUCAUAGGGCAGGGCUUAAACUCCCAGCCUGUUGAUUGCUAGUCAAGUCACCACAAUGCCACACUUAGCAGACCAUGUGGUGCAUUUAACCACUACAUUGUCGAAGUUGUUUGUAUUUGAAAAAAGGCAAACAUGUUCCUGCUGUUGUAAUACUGAAGGUUUCCUUUUUAUAUAGAGGUUUUCAUGACCAGCACAUGACUCAAAAUGCUUUACAGCCAAUGAGGUAUGAUCAAUGUUUUAAUAAAGAAAACAAUGUAUCCAGUUCAAUAAUUUUGCACAUCUCGGAUGGAGCAGUUUUCUGUGACGUAAUGCAGAACAGAACAUUUUUGAAACAUGUCAAAAUAAAAUGUGUUACUGACCA